GGCCCCGCCCCAGGCCCCUGCGCUCUCAGCCGGCGGCUGCGCGGGCCCCGCCCCAAGCCGGGCCAACCAUGGUGAACCUGGGCCUGUCCCGAGUAGACGACGCUGUGGCCGCCAAGCACCCGGGACUCGGGGAGUAUGCCGCGUGCCAGUCGAGCGCCUUCGUGAAGGGCGUCUGCACCUUCGUCACAGGCACCGGUGCGACCCUCGGCCUGCAGAUGUUCCUCCAGAGGCGGUGUCCGUACCCUUUCCAGUGGAGCCUGCUGGUGGCCGUGGUCGCAGGCUCCGUGGCCAGCUACGGGGUGACAAGGGUGGAGUCGCGGAAAUGCAGCGACCUCUGGCUCUUCCUCGAGACAGGGAAGCUCCCCAAAGACGUGAGCACAGAUCAACGCAGCUAGGAGAGCUCCGGCCGUGCACGGGGGACCUGGGCAGGGGGCAUCCUGGAACAUGGCCCUCAGUGCCCCCCAACCCCAGGCUGGCCCUCCCCAUACCCUGGGGUGCCCCAGCCGUGUCCUCUGCACGUGUGCAUGGCCAGGCCGGACAAACCUGUGUGCACUGUCCCUGCCCCAGCCUGGCACCUGCCCCGGAGUGGGGAUCAGAAGAGUUCUGCCCAGGUGGCGUAACAGCGCUGCUCUGGGGCAGCAGGAACCAGGGUGGGCACCGUGAGCACACGCCUGUCUGGGGCGCGGGUGGAAGGACUUGCUCGCCCUCUCUGGUGCUGUAGCGCCCCCAUCCUGGCCCUGCACCCUCACGAGCCCAGGGUAACAAUUGGUGCUGGGAUAGGAGGGCUAAUAAAUGACUUGUCCCUUUCCCCCA